CACGUAUCAUUACUGGAAAAACAUUAUGAACACCCAGAUGAUGUUGAUUUGAUAGUUGGAGGAUCGCUGGAAACGGAUAUUCCUGGAGCUUUAGCUGGCCCUACAUUUCAUUGCAUUAUCCUGAAGCAAUUUUACAGAACUCGAGUUGCUGACCGUUUCUGGUUCGAAAAUGACCAAUUCACUAGAGAACAACUGAAAGAAAUACGCAAAGCUAGUAUAUCCAGAUUGAUGUGUGACAAUAGUAAUAUAAAGUAUAUGCAACGGAAAGGAUUCGUACGGAUAUCACAAGGUAAUCCUUUGGAAAAUUGCGGUGAACUGCCAUCCAUCAACUUAUCACUGUGGAAAGGAGUCUAGAGAAAGAAACUACAUUCUAGUGAAAUACAAGCUUACGCAAAAUUUUCAUUUUCAUAAAUCUAUAAUAAACUUCGUAAAACAUUAAAUGCCAUAGUUGAUUGAAGGAAUUCACUUCAUGCAGACAGAUUUGUUUCUUGAAACUGUUAUGGAAGGAGAAGUGUAUCAUUUUGAGAAAAUUAAAUAAUAUAUACACUGUU